AUGGCUGGAAGCGAACCUAUGGAAGAUGAUUCGUUGUAUCCCAUUGCAGUGUUGAUCGACGAAUUGAAGAAUGAAGAUGUGCAGCUUCGCCUGAAUUCAAUAAAGAAACUGCCGACCAUUGCCCUUGCCUUAGGAGUAGAAAGAACAAGAAGCGAGUUGAUUCCCUUUUUGAACGAAACUAUUUAUGACGAAGACGAAGUAUUGUUAGCUCUGGCGGAUCAGUUUGGCAAAUUUACACCUCUUGUUGGUGGGCCAGAGCAUGCUCAUUGUCUCCUUCUACCUCUCGAGCAGCUAGCGCAGAUAGAAGAAACCAUUGUACGCGAGAAAGCUGUUGAUUCUCUUUGUGCAAUUGCGUCGAUUCAAAAUUCAGAUGAUCUGGAAACCCACUUCGUACCAUUAGUUCGACGUUUAGCAUCUGGUGAUUGGUUUACAUCACGAACAUCAGCUUGUGGCCUGUUUAGUGUUUGUUAUGCGCGUUUGAAUGUAGUCCUUAAGAAAGAGCUGCGAGCUCAUUUUAAAAAUCUGUGCCACGAUGACACUCCUAUGGUUCGGCGAGCUGCAGCUGCUAAACUGGGAGAUUUUGCCAAAGUGAUGGAAGCAGAAAACCUCAAAACAGAUAUUAUACCGUUGCUCAUCAAGUUAGCAACGGAUGAACAGGAUUCUGUUCGUUUACUAGCAGUCGGGGCAUGUGUGAAUGUAGCGGCUCUUCUGCCACAAGACGAUGUAAAAGAAUUUGUAAUUCCGACCGUGAGGCAGUGUGUUACAGAUGUUUCUUGGAGAGUGCGAUACAUGGUAGCUGAUCGAUUUACGGAACUACAAACAUCUGUUGGCACGGAAACUGUAAUAUCAGAGUUGGUUCCUGCUUUCCAGUUAUUAUUGAAAGAUAUUGAAGCAGAAGUACGAGCAGUCGCAGCUCACAAAGUACGAGAUUUCUGCCAGAAUUUGGAUGUUAGCCACCAAGAGCAGACCAUUAUGGAAAAUAUCCUUCCAUGCAUCACAGAUCUAGUGUCUGAUGCAAACCCUCAUGUCAAAUCGGCUCUGGCUGCUGUUAUUAUGGGUUUGAGCCCAAUUGUGGGAAAAGAAAAUACAAUUGAACAUCUGUUACCCCUCUUUCUGAUGCAACUGAAGGAUGAAUGCCCAGAAGUGAGGCUGAACAUCAUAUCUAAUUUGGAGUGUGUAAAUGAGGUUAUUGGUAUUCAGCAACUCUCACAGUCAUUAUUACCAGCAAUAGUUGAACUUGCAUCAGAUUCCAAAUGGAGAGUUCGUUUGGCAAUUAUUGAAUAUAUGCCAUUAUUGGCUGCUCAAUUAGGAGUACAGUUUUUUGAUGAGAAACUUAAUACAUUAUGUAUGUCUUGGCUUGUUGACAGUGUUUACAGAAUUCGUGAAGCUGCAACCCAAAAUAUUAAAAAAUUAGUGGAGCAGUUUGGCCCUGAUUGGGCACAAACUAAUGUUCUUCCUGAAGUUAUGGAGUUAGCAUGUAAUAAGAAUUAUUUGCACAGAAUGACCUGUCUAUUUUGUAUAACUGAAUUGGCUGAAGUUUGUGGUACAGGUAUGACAAUUGACCUUAUGCUUCCAACUGUUCUUGAAAUGGCCAAUGACAAAGUGGCAAAUGUUCGAUUUAAUGUUGCCAAAACUCUUCAAAAAAUAGGCCCACCACUAAAUCCUGCUUGCAUUCAAAGUCUCAUUAUACCGGUUCUGGAAAAACUCAACAAUGAUGAUGAUGUGGAUGUAAAAUACUUUGCUUCAGAAGCAAUUGCUGAAAUUGCUGGUUAA